AUGGCCGCCACCGCCGCCUCCGAAUACUCCAUCGAUCGCAAGCUCUCCGCGCUCGUGGAGCAAGCUCGGCCGAGCGCGGCGGCCAUGCGUGCCGCUGCCGAGUCCGUUGACGCCGUCGCGGAGCUCAUCAAGAGGGUGCCGCAGCAGCAGGCGACGCCGGAGGCCGCGCGGGGGUUCAUGAGGGACCUGGGGCUGGAGACCGAGAAGCUUUCGUUCACCUUCCGGCCGCCGGAGGUGGUGCGGCUCGCCGGGAGCCACGCGGCCGGCGCGGUAGCGAGGCCCGACGUCGCUGCCGACCUCCUCGUACGCUUGCCAAAGGAAUGCUUCCACGAGAAGGAUUUCUUAAAUCACCGAUACCAUGCAAAGAGGUGUCUUUACCUCUGUGUUGUUGAGAAAAACUUGAGGUGCUCUAAAUUAAUCCGCAAAGUUUCAUGGUCUACCCUCCAAGAUGAGACCCGAAAGCCUGUGCUUCAUGUAUAUCCAGAUGGUGUAAACCUACCCACACCAAAGUACAAUUGUAGCAUAUUGGAGGAUAUGUUUUUGGAGGAAAAUGCAGACUUUAUGAGUAGCACCUUUGCUAACUGGAAAGCUUUGCAAGAGGCCUUGGUGCUGGUAAAGGUCUGGGCACGUCAAAGAACUUCAAUAUACACACAUGAUUGUCUCAAUGGAUACUUAAUUUCUGCCAUCCUUGUGUUUCUUACUGUGGACUCUGGAGGAAGCAUGAUUACUAGAUCAAUGACCACAAGACAAAUUUUCCGUGUAUUGAUGAAAUUUUUGGCAACUUCCAAGGUGUGGGCAAAGGGAUUGGUGAUUCAAUCAAUGAAGAAGCAUACGGUUACCAAAGAGGACAUUGCCACUUGCCUGAAGACAUUUGAUGUUGCCAUAUUUGAUAUAUCUGGCCACGUAAAUUUGGCGUUUCGGAUGACGAAGUCUGCUUUUUUAGAGCUUCAAGAUGAGGCAGCUUGCACGCUUAGUUGCCUUGAUAAAUGCAGAGAUGGUGGACUUGAAGAGCUUUUUAUGACCAAAGUUGACUUUGGUGCUAAGUUCGACUCAUGCUUGAGGAUAAACUUGAAAGGGAACUCUAAGGUUUCUGCAUUAAGCUAUUGUGUGGAUGACGAGUCUUGGAGAAUUCUUGAGAAAGAUGUUCAGUCUUUGCUGCAACGAGGACUUACAGAUAGAACAAAGAUGAUCCGAGUCCUGUGGAGAAGCACACCUUCUGAAUGGAAAAUAGUGGAAGGUUUCUCAGAAUUUGGCAGCAGUCCGCUUCUUGUUGGUAUGAUGGUCUCAUUGGAAAAAAGUUUUCGCCUUGUUGAUAUUGGUCCAAACCCUGAGAACCGCAUUGAGGCUAUUAAAUUUAGGAAAUUUUGGGGAGAGAAAGCUGAGCUUAGAAGAUUCAAGGAUGGAAAUAUUGCUGAAAGCACAGUUUGGGAAUGCCAAUCUUGGGAGAAGCACACAAUUAUUAAAAGGAUUGCUGAUUAUGUGCUUAUGAAACAUUUGUUACUGCAGAAGGAUGAUUUGAUUCAUGUUGUUGAUCAGCUGGACUUUUGCCUCUUAGUUGAUGGCCAAGAUCCAGUAUCGUCUUCUGGAGCUAUGCUUGAAGCUAAGCAGUUACGUCUCUUAGAUGAUGUUCCUCUUAAAAUAUCUACCGUGCAACCCCUAGACGCAACUUUUAGGCACACUUCUGUGUUUCCUCCUGAACCUCAUCCACUGGCAUAUGGAACGAAUUCUCAGAGGCUACCAAAAUGCGCAGCAACUUGCAUAAAAUCUUUAGAAGUAAUGAUUCAGCUAGAGGGAUCUGGUAACUGGCCCUUGGAUCCCGUGGCCAUGGAGAAGACAAAGGCUGCAUUUCUUUUAAAAAUUGGCGAAAGCUUGGAGGAUCGAGGAAUGUUUGUUUCAGCCAGUGAAGAUGAGGUGAAUGUCCUUACAUCUGGAUAUUCAUUCUUACUCAAAAUAUUUCAUGAAAGAGGUUUAGUGCUGCAAAAGCCAGUUGGAGAUGACAAGACACAAAGUGCUCUAUCAGAAGAUAAGAUGCUUUUUCAGCGGAGCCAACACUCUAGUAUGAUCAAUGGUCUGCAUGGCCGUUACCAGGUGUAUGGACCAGUAGUUAGGCUAGCAAAAAGAUGGAUUUCUGCACAUCUAUUUUCAUCAUUUAUCUCAGAGGAGGCAGUUGAGUUGGUAGUUGCGUAUAUAUUUUUGAAGCCAUUCCCAUUCCAUGCUCCUUCUUCUCGGGUUGCUGGGUUUCUCAGGUUUUUGCCGUUGUUAUCCAGUUUUGACUGGACCUUUUCACCCAUGGUUAUUGACAUAAAUAAUGACUUCACCCUGAAGGAUGAGAAGGAGAUCAAUGUUCUUAAAUGGAUAGCUGCUUAUGCUAAAAGCAGUGCGGAGCUUUUAACAAAUCUUACACUUCAUGGUCAAUCAGGGGAAUAUACAUGGGAGUUGGUGGUCUGGGGCAAACCAAGUAAAGAUUUCUGCCCCUAUACGCCACUUAACAAAGGGGCCGUGAAAGGUUUGCACGACGCAAGAGAGAAACUUUUGGUAAACUUUGACCCAACUACGUACUUCUUGCGAGACUUGAAGUGUGCAUUCUCCAAGACCUUCAAGCUGUGGUAUGGUUCAAUUGAAGGAGACGCUGUGGGUCUUACAUGGGAGAACCCAAAGAAGCGUGGCAGAGAGGAGGCUGAUGAAACUGUGCCAGAGCCGACAGCUAUCCUUAAGGAAGUUGGAGAUGUUGGUAAAGGUUUAGUGAGGGGUGUGUACCUUGUCAAGGCACCAAAGUUCCAGUAA